UUCACAAGGUUCAAUCAAGAUUUCCUACUUGAAAAUAAAAUUAUCUGGGCUGUUUAUUUUCCUUCAGGACCAUACGUGUACCAGGUAUACAAGACUUACGGGUUUGCCGAACAAGACAUCUCGCUGCUGUACCUGAUUGGAUUCGCUUCAAGCGUUUUGUUUGGCACUUGCACCGGACCCCUGGCUGACAAAUUCGGCCGGAAACGGAUGUGCAUCAUGUAUUGCGUGUUAUACGCGAUUUGUUGCGUUACCAAAUUGAGUCCGGAUUUCCGUAUGCUGGCCUUUGGACGCGUUUGCGGCGGCGUUGCCACGUCAUUGUAUGUUUACGAACAUAAGCUGACUGCGAGACUGUCACCGGAUCUCAUCUCCAUCACAUUCUCUGCAUCGACUUUCUGGAACGGCAUUUUGGCCAUUGUUGCUGGACUUUUGGCAAACUUAUUUGCCGAGUCUCUGUCUUUCGGACCCGUUUCCCCAUUCAUCGUCGCCCUUCCGUUUCUGGCAAUUGCCGCUACUUUAAUCCUCACGACUUGGACUGAAAAUUAUGGAGAGAAAAGCGAGAGUUCCUGGAUCAUGUCUUGCGGGGAAGGCUUCAACAAGAUCCACGAGGACUCGAAUAUUUUGUUGCUGGGGGCCUUUCAGUCCUUGUUCGAGUCUGUGAUGUACAUCUUUGUUUUCCUCUGGACGCCCAUGUUGAGUGCUGGGGCGCCGCCUUUGGGCUUUGUCUUUGCGGCUUACAUGGUG